AUGUUGGCUCGUUCAUUAGAUUUUGUCUUUCGAAUAUGGUCGCAUACAUGGGGAGUUGCUGUAUUGGGUCCAGCUGUCCGUGUUUUGCCAUUUUUGAUAUCAUUGAGCGCAUUGGGUAGCGUCAAUGUAUCGACUUUUAGAUCUGCUCGAUAUGCUAUGGUUGGCGCACGUCAUGGAUAUUUGCCUGAAGUGUUUUCUUAUAUUCAAAAACAAAGAUUAACACCAUUGCCCGGUAUUAUACUUCAGACUAUUCUUACCAUCAUCUAUUGUAUUCCAAGUGAUAUUGAGGAUUUGAUUGAUUUUUCCAGCUUUGUUGUUUGGGUCUUCAAUGGACUAACAUUUGUUGCUACAAUCUGCUGUAAAUUUACGAAACCUAAUGCAUAUCGAGCUAUUAAAGUUCCGAUACCUGUAAUUAUUUUUAAUAUACUUAUUAGUAUCUAUCUUGUUAUUGCACCCGUUAUAUCUCGUCCACAUAUUGGCUAUCUUAUUGCGACAAUUAUUUUACUUCUCAUACAAGCGACUGUAUAUCCAUGUAACAAGGCAGCUCCAUGUGGUUGUUCAAAAAAUUCAGUCUCUAUUAAUGCCAGAAUUGUCGGUGGUGAAGUAGCUCCUAGUCAUAGUUGGGGCUGGGCUGUUUCAUUGCAGAAGCGACCCAGCAGACACUUCUGUGGUGGGUCGAUCCUCUCCCCAAAGUAUGUGCUUACAGCAGCACAUUGUGUUGAUGAUAUUUAUCUUUCAAUAGACCAAUUAACAGUUGUUGUUGGUAGAGACAAUCUCCUUGAUAAUAUUGGACAAAGAAUAGUCGUAUCAAAAAUUUAUGUACAUCCACAAUGGAUUCCAAAUACAUUCAAAAACGAUAUUGCUAUUCUUGAAUUAUCCCAAGCAAUCUUUUUUGGAGAUAAUAAUAUUGCUAAACUUUGUUUACCAUCUUCAUAUGGCAUGGGAGCAACUGAUUUUCCAUUGAUGAAAUCAAAACUUGUAGGUAUCGGUUGGGGAACUACAAUGGCAAAUGGAUUCAUAUCAGACAAACUUAGACAAGUGACAGUCGAAGCUGUUGGUAAUCAAGAAUCCAAAUGUAGCAAUUCUAUUACAAAUAAAACCACACAAUUUUGUGCAGCUGUCAAUGGUGGAGGCAAAGAUACAUGUCAAGGUGAUUCAGGUGGUCCAUUGAUGUAUUACUCAGAUAUUUACGAACAAUGGAUGUUGGCAGGCAUAACAUCUUUCGGUAAAGGAUGUGGACUAAGUAUUCAUGCUGGUGUUUACACCCGAGUUAAUAUGUAUAUCGAUUGGAUUCAAUCGAUUGUUGGUAACGAUGGCAUAGUGAUGGCCGGAGAAAAUACUGCUACUUUUAGUACUAUGCCAAAUGGGUUGACUACAUCAUCUGAGUCAACUAUGUCAUCUAUAUCAACGAUUUCAACGAUGUUUUGUAUUACAACACUUGUAUUUUUAUUAAUAAUGCGUUCUUUUUAA